UUUAACUUGGGACUGAGCACCACUCGCUGCAGACACGCUCACACACAGUGUGCCUAAGCAAAGAAAGGUUCCAGCGCCAAGCCUCUUAGACUCCUGAAGUAGGAGCGACUCAGUAGGAGCUUCUGUUGCAGUUCUUAAAGGAGUAGAGGCUCCCUCAGGAAUUGACCGCUUGCGGAGCUCGGGCAAAAGCGCUCCAGAUGAUGGACCGGCUCGACAUGCAGCGACAUUGAGAUUUGGAGCUUUUCUGAGAGGAUUCAUCAAUGCUGCACUAAAGCAAACUCUGAACUCUGGUCGACGCUCAUUGCAGCCUGCAGUGGAAAUGCACCAGCUCCGCGCGUCAUUGUGAAAAACUAAACUAAAGAGAAGAAGAAAAAAAGAAAAUAACAAUUUUCUUGAGUUUUGCUGUUAUACACGCGCACGUGGAAAUAAUCCACCCUAAGGGGAUCCGUGUAAAAUAAAAGAUAUGAGAUUUGGAACAUCUUCUGGAAAAUAUAAAUGGGUGCACUAAGUUCUGGACAUUUUUAGUUGCACGUAAACGCUGUCGGAAUAACAGAAGAGACUGGCUUUUUUUCUUUCCUCAGCCAAUGGACGGUGCGCCCUGGAACUUUUGUCAAGCUUGAGAGCGUCAGUUAAGAGAGACCUGGUUUAUGAAAGCUGUGCGUAAAAAUAACAUUGGCCAAGGCAGCUCCUCAUUGCUGGGCGCGUGACAUUUCAAACUUGUUGAAGUCCUCUUUUGUGCACCCUUCUCUCACGGGACAAGCCGGAUCUGUUUGUCUUUUCAGGAAAAAAGAAGAAGAAAAAAAGACACUUAAUUCCAUGCUGCUCCCGCCUGUCAUCAAGUUUAGAAAGUUCGUCGCUGCUUUGAGUCCCCUGGGUAACCAUGACAACCGAAAGAAAUCCAAAGUGAAUUUGAGGAGCGGGGUGAGGCAGGGAAGACUUUGAAAAGAGUUUUCUCUGUUUUUGGCACUUAUUGCUUUCUUGUAGUUAGAUCUACUUGUUGAUUAGAGCUCUGUGGAAAGCGAGGGCAUCUCACAGUGCGGCGAAGUUGACAAGGUAAAGGCGCCCUUAAUGCUCUCUGGCAUUCAAAGCCAACGUGGGCUAUUAAAAGCAUCGUCUCGUUGGUGACUGAACUUCUACUAUUUAUGAAGUUCCGGGUUACUCGUUGCAGAGAGCGCGGUAACCAGGACAAGAACUGAACUGUUUUCACGAGAGGAGAACCUGUCUACAAAGGAAGAGGAAUAAUGCCUCUCUCUCAAACGCUCCUCGUUUACGCACUGCUAUGCGUUCACCUUGGACUUUCCCAGCACUACCUUCGCCUCCGUCCAUCGCCCAGUGACCACCUCCCCGUCCCCGACUUGAGGGAGGACCCCGAUCCAGAGUACGACCCCCGCGAGCAGGACUUGGCCGAGAGGACUCUCAGGAAAAAACUCGGCAGCAACUUUGACCCAAACUUUAUGUCCAUCAGCUCGCCCUUGCAGGUGAACCUCUCUGCUUCAGAUUACCAGGUGAAGCUGCAGGGGCCCAUGCCAAACGAGAUUAAAAAGCUGGACCUCACAGAGACUCCUUAUGGAAAGAGGGUAAAAGUGGGUAAGAAAGCCCGUAGGAAAUUCCUGCAGUGGCUGUGGACGUACACGCACUGCCCCGUGGUGUACACUUGGAAGGAUUUGGGAGUGAGGUUCUGGCCCCGGUACAUCAAAGAGGGAAAAUGCUUCUCUGAGCGCUCGUGCUCCUUCCCUGAGGGCAUGUCAUGCAAACCCGCCAAGUCAAUCAACAAGAUUUUCCUGCGGUGGUACUGCCAAGGCUUUCUAAGACAGAAAUACUGUACGUGGAUACAGGUGCAAUACCCAAUCAUCUCAGAGUGCAAGUGCUCGUGCUGAUUUGCUUUAAGGAAGCAGCACGUGCAGGUUGACGGAGGGGUGGACUGGAAACACGGUCUCUAUUGCACUGUUAACUCUCUACAGAGGUGGGCACCAUAGCAAAUCUAUUUUUUUAUAUAGCAUUUUAAGUGAAAUACCAACAUUGUACAUAUUUAAGAAAAAUGCAGCUAUUUUUUUCUAAUUGAACCAGGACCAUAUUUUAUUCUCAACCCUGAAACGUUUUUUUUUUUUUGGACUGGGAGGGCAGGAGAACUUCAUGAGGAAGGGCAUCUUUUGUUUGGUUGACAUGUUUUAUAAGACAUUGAAAAUAUGCUACACUUCUCCAAGAGGUGACUUUUUUUGUUUUUCAACUGACUGAUAUUUCACUGCAAUGCUGCCUAGAGUUUUUGUAUAAUGGUAAUAAUAUCAAUAAUAAUUAAAUUGUAAAAAAAAAAAAAAAAAAAAAAAAAGUUGAGGUUAAAAAUAUAUAUAAAGGCGUGGACUCAGCUUUUUGGGAAUACAUAGUAUUGUAGAAAUAAAUCUGUUUUAUUUAUUAUUGUAACGAUUUGUGAGUAUAGAGAGCAUAAGAAAAGAGAAUAGCAGACUAUACCAGGAUAAAUGGAGGAUGUCUACUUGAAUAUUUCUGAAAAAUGACAAAAAAGAGAAUGAAUAAAAAAAUAAAGACAUAUCAGUGUAAAUGUUAUGGUUACACGUUUUAGCAAUAAAGUCUAUCUUUUCAACAUGCAA